AUGGACACCUCCAACAAGGACCGCGCCGAGGAGAUCGGCGCCGGCGCCGGCGCGAGCUCGCCCGACCUCGACACUCCGGACUUGAGUUCCAUCGACGACGACAUCCUCGCUCUGAAGGAGAAGCGGCUGGUGCGAAAGCUGGAUAUCCACAUCAUCCCCCUCGUGAUGCUGCUGUACCUCUUGAGUUUCCUAGACCGCGUCAACAUCGGCAACGCCCGCCUGUACAACCUCGAAGAAGACCUGGGCCUCGAGGGAAACCAGUUCCAGGUCGCCGUGUCGAUCCUGUUCGUGACGUACAUCAUCUUCGAGGUCCCCUCCAACCUGGUCCUCAAGCUCUUCACCCCCAGCCGCUGGAUCGCCUUCAUCACCGUCGCGUGGGGCAUCAUCGCCACGCUGACCGGCCUCGUCGAAUCUUACGGCUCGCUCAUCGCGUGCCGUCUACUCUUGGGCGCAGUCGAAGCAGGCCUCUUCCCCGGCCUGACAGUCUACCUCACCUUCUUCUACAGCAAGCACGAGCUCGCCCUCAGGGUGGGCUACCUCUUCGUCAGCGCCGCCAUCGCCGGCGGCCUCGGCGGCCUCCUCGCCUACGGCAUCGGCCACAUGGAGGGCGUCGCCGGCAUGAGCGGCUGGCGCUGGAUCCUCAUCAUCGAGGGCCUGCCCACCGUCGUCCUCGGCGUCGCCACCUUCUUCCUCCUCCCCGACGACCCGGCCGGCGCCCGCUUCCUGGACGACGAGGACCGCGCGCUGAUGGUCUCGCGCCGCCGCCGCGAGUACGGCAGCACCAGCAGCGCGCAGGAGUUCAGCAGGGGCGACAUGUGGAAGGCCUUUUGCGACUGGAAGGUCUGGGUCUUUUGCGUCGCGCAGUUCGGGGUCGAUACCAUGCUGUACGGCUUCUCGACGUUCCUGCCGACCAUCAUCAACGGGCUCGGGACGUGGACCGUCGCGCAGGUGCAGUUGUUGACGGUGCCGUGUUAUUUCGUGGGCGUGGUGGUGUAUAUGACGAUGGCGUUCCUGUCGGACCGGAAGCAGAUGCGCGGGCUGUUCUGCGUGGUCUUCGGGACGGUCAGUGUCGUCGGGUACGCGAUCCUCGUCUCGGAUACGUCGUCGGGGGUGCAUUACUUUGGGUGCUUCCUCGUGGCGGCGGGGUUGUACGUGGUUGUCGGGCUGCCGUUGGCUUGGUUGCCGAAUAACUCGCCGAGAUAUGGCAAGAGGACGACCGCCAGCGGGAUGCAGCUGACGAUUGGUAACUGUUCCGGCGUCAUGUCGUCUUUCAUCUACCAAGCGAUUGAUAGGCCGAGGUAUAUUCGAGGCCAUGCGGUCACGUUGAGCAUGGUGGCCAUGGGCACCUGUCUGUACGGCUUCAUGUGGUUCUGGUACUGGAGGGCCAACAAGCGGCGAGGAGCCGGUCUUGCGGAGGACAAGUACCGUGAUAUGUCUGAUGAUGAGCUUGCCGAGCUGGGCGACGAGAGUCCGAGGUUCCGGUACACCAUCUGA